AUGGAAAGGGAUGGUUCCGCGGGGAAAGCAGAGCCUUUUCACCAGGCAGGGGCGCGGGAGCAAUCAGGCGCAGGCGCAGCUGCGCGGACGGGAGCGCAGCAAGGGGCGCGGGGAUCACACUCGGGGGCUUGGGCUGGGCAACCGGGGGAAUGGGCGAGGGAGGCGGGGGCGGGGUGGGACGGGGACUGGCUGGGGGAGGCGCGGAGGCGCGCGGGGCCGUGGGAGGGGCGGCCAUUGGCGGUGGUGAGUCUGUUCGACGGGUGCGGCGCCAUCUGGCAGGCGCUGCACGACUGCGGCAUUCCGUUCACUGGCGUCAGCUCUGAAAUCGUGAGUGCAGAGCCGCUGGGUGCGUUGCUGGGUGUGGUGCACGCUGGGUGUGGUGCACGCUGGGUGUGGUGCACGCUGGGUGUGGUGCACGCUGGGUGUGGUGCACGCUGGGACCCAUUCGCAGUGGUGGUACAGCAGGACCCAUUCGCAGCGGAGGUGGUGAGGCACAGGUGGCCAGCCGUGCAGCACGUGGGGGAUAUCACCGCCCUCACACCCACCACCAUCCACUCCGCCCUCGCUGCCGCUGCUGCUGCUGCUAGUUGUGCCACUGCUGGCGCCACUGCUGGUGCUGGUGCUGCUGCCUCCGCUGCCAACACCAAAGAGCUUCGACCGAGAAAGUGCAAGGAAGCUUCACCGAAUGUUCCCGCUGGCGUCCAUGUGGACCUGCUAGUGGGCGGCUUUCCUUGUCAGGAUCUGAGCAGCAUGAACCGAAACAGGGUGGGGCUGCACGGCCCGCGCAGUGGCCUCUUCUUCCACCUCCUGCGCCUCAUUCAACAGCUCUCGCCCAGAUGGUUUCUGGUUGAAAACGUGGCGAGCAUGCAGUGGAUGGAUCGCGAUGAGAUCUCCAAGUAUCUGGGAGUGCCACCCGUCUGCAUCGACUGCGCCGACCUCACCGCACAGGCGCGGCGGCGGCUGUUUUGGACCAACCUGCCGCUGCCAGCUCAGAUGCCGCCCGUGCGCUGCCACCCGUCCACACUGCUGCAGAGCAAGCUGUGCAAUGCGAUCGCCACUGAAGACAAGUGCGGGCCAAUCAUGAAGACCAAUUACCGCACAGCUGGCAAGGGCCGCACCAAUCAGGUCAUCUGCCUGCGAUCCCAUGCCGCCCGCUUCUUCCUUUCCCACGAGAUCGAGAGAAUCUUUGGAUUCCCGCCCGGAUACACCAAGAUCCCCGCCGCCCGGUUCGCUGCUAUCAAGGUGGGAAGGAGAGGGGCGACAGGGGGGAAAGCAGGGGCGGGGAAGGGGCAAGAAAAUGGUACAGGGAAUUGGGAGUCUGCUGGGGCUGAUUGGUUGAGAGGUGAGGAAAGGGAGGAGGAGAAAGAAGAUGUGAGGGAGGUGAAUAGCGAAGAAGGGGUGAAGAUCGAGAGAGGAGUGAUGAGUGAAGGAGUGAGGAGGGAGAGGGGAGUGAAGAGUGAAGGAGGAGUGAGGAGGGAGAGGGGAGUGAAGAGUGAAGGAGGAGUGAGGAGGGAGAGGGGAGUGAAGAGUGAAGGAGGGGUGAAGGAAGUCGAUGCAGCAGUUCCCAGCGACCCCUCCGUUCCACCUUUCUCCCCUGUGCGAGUGCUGAACAGAGCAGUGUUUGAUGGGGUGAGGGAGGUAAGAGAGGAGGAGGGAGAGGAAGCGGAGGUGAGGGAGGUUAAGGAGGGGGAGGUGAGGGGGGUGAGGGAGGUGAGUGCAUGCAUUGCUGGGGGAGAUGGAGGAAAGGGAGGUGCUGAGGGGUUUGAUGUGGUGGGAAGAGAUGGUGGGAAGUGGGUGUUGGGCGUUGCAGCAAAGGCGUCUGGAGAGAGGGGAAAACACAAGGGCGGAGAGGCGAGGAGGUGGGUGGAGGGGAAGAGGAAUGGAGUGGCGAAUGGAGAGAGGGAGGGAGGUGGAGGAAAGAGGAGGAGAGUCUGGAAGGGGCGAGAUGGAGGAGAGUUGCAGGGUGCGGCUAGGUGUGAUGCGGUGAGAAGCGGUGAUUGUGUGGAUGCUGAUGGUGAUGAGGGUGAUGAUGGUUUUGAUGGUUAUCAUGGUGGUGCUGCUGCCAAUGGUGCUUCAGGAUUGAAGAGUGAGAAUGCGGUGAAGAGUGGUGACGUUGGGGUGUUGAAGGAGGACAAUGCGGUGGAGAACGGUCAUGCCACGGAUCAUGAAGAUAGUGAAGACGAUGUGGUUGAAGUGCCACCAUCGGUAUUGGGGGACGAAAAGGUUGGAGAAAAGAAGGGCAGAAGGGAGGACGGAGGAGGCCAGGCCAAGGCAAGGGAGGACGGAGGAGGCCAGGCCAAGGCAAGGGAGGACGGAGGAGGCCAGGCCAAGGCAAGGGAGGACGGAGGAGGCCAGGCCAAGGCAAGGGAGGACGGAGGAGGCCAGGCCAAGGCAAGGGAGGACGGAGGAGGCCAGGCCAAGGCAAGGGAGGACGGAGGAGGCCAGGCCAAGGCAAGGGAGGACGGAGGAGGCCAGGCCAAGGCAAGGGAGGACGGAGGAGGCCAGGCCAAGGCAAGGGAGGACGGAGGAGGCCAGGCCAAGGCAAGGGAGGACGGAGGAGGAGCCAAGGCAAGCGAACACUCUUCUCCUGCUGCUGGUGAUGGUGCGUCUGCUGCUGCACCGGCUGCUGCUGGCGGCAGCACGGGGAGGUCGCUGCGAGCGCGGCCUAGCAUUGGAUUCUACAGCGAGGCAGAGCUCAUGAGGAGGGGCGUGCAACAGCAGCCCCAAGAGACGAGGCGGAGGCGGAGUGGGGCCAGUGAGAGGGCGAGCGGGAGGGCGGACGGGAUGAGUGGGAGGGAGGAGACUUGUCGGUGGGAUGAGAGUAAGCAGGAGGAGCUGCAGGAGAGGGACCGAUGGGGCCUACUCGGGAACUCGUUUCCGGUGGCCGUGAUAUCAUACCUGCUCACGCCGCUGCUGUCCCCCUCGCUGCGCCUCUCCGCUCCUCCGUGUGCGCUGCCUGCCUGUGUGCCGCCCCAUGUCACCCGCGCCAAGUGCGCCCUCAUGGUGCCGGGGGAGGUAUGGGCGGCAUACAGCUGGUCCAAGCUACCCAAUUGGUACGCGCUGAUCCUCUCCGUGGAGGGCGGCAGAUUCGACAUCGAGUCGCUGCGCAAGCCGACUCCUCUCUGCAUCACCUACCGGUACUUCUAUCUUGUAGACGCUCAAUCAGCUGGGCAUCCUGCAAAUGGGAAGCGGGAAGAGAGGGAGGAGAGCGAGAGUGGUGACGAGGAGGAAGAGGAAGAGGACGAUGAGGAUGAGGAGGGAGACGAGUACAAGGGCGAGGGGGAGGACGAGCACACGUGGCAUGGAGCAGGGCUGUAUGAGAUGGAGCAGGAGACGCACACGGCCACCAGCCUCACUGUCUUCAGCCACAGGGUGCGGAGGGUGCGCAGGGUAGCAGGCGGGGCGGGCAGGAGUGUGCACGCGGUGUAUCCGCAGCCAGGCACCGUGUGGGCGCUCAAGUGGCCCUUCAAACGGGACUUCUCCCUCGUUUACGUGGUAACCAGCAGCAUCGAGUUCAACCCUCGCAGCCUAUCCUCCCCAUCGCCCUCCUCCCACCCCUCCCCAACCACAUCCCCCUCUCUCCAACCCUCCCCCACCCCUUCCCGAGCCCCUCCCGCCUCCCCUACCGCUUCCCGAGCCUCCAUCCGAGCCUUCAGUGCGACGGUGCGGGCGCUGGUGCGGCGGCGCAGUGUGAAGAUGGGGGUGGGCAUGGAUCCGCUGUGGGGGGUGCACGAGCACGAGUGGCAGGUGGACGAUCUCUCUGCCUUCGCCUUUGAGGCGCCCUUCCACUUCCACAGCGACCGCCACACCCUCGUGGUGGAGCCACAGACCCACAAGGAGCCCGAGUAG